AUGGGUGGCGUGUGCUCUGUGUGUUGGAAAGUACAGCAUGACUUUCACAGGAAGGCAAUAGUUUUGACUAGAGCUGCCUCCCGAGAUGUUCAGAAGGAGAGAGAACCUCAUGUUUAUCUCAGUAAAGAAGAAGUUAAAGAGAAGAUACAAAGCUAUAACUCAUCUGUCACUGAUAAAUUAAAGAUGACCUUGAACUCAAAUGGGAUUUACACUGGCUUCAUCAAAGUUCAGAUGGAACUAUGCAGACCUAUCACUGUGCAGUCUCCCCUGAACCCAGGAAAAUGUGCUCACAGCAAUAACGAGACUGCUUUUUACUUGCCAAACGGCUACGUGAAUACACUUCACAUCAGCAGCACCAAUACUGUCCGUGAAGUUAUUGAGGCCUUGCUCAAGAAGUUUUUGGUGGCUGACAACCCUGCAAAGUUUGCACUUUAUAAGCGCUGUCACAAGGAAGACCAAGUUUAUACAUGCAAGCUGUCAGACCGAGAGCAUCCGCUCUACCUGCGCUUGGUGGCAGGGCCCCAAACAGAGAUGCUCAGCUUUGUUCUACGUGAGCAUGAAACUGGAGAAGUUAUGUGGGAAGCUUUUAGUCUGCCCGAGCUACAGAACUUCUUGCGCAUACUGGACAAGGAGGAGGACGAGCAGCUGCAGAUGCUGAGGAAGCGCUAUGCAGCUUACAGAGACAAACUUGAAGAAGCCCUUGGAGGGGUGUGGAAGCCUGGUUAAAAGGGGGCCAAAGCACACUCAGGAAAAUGCACGCUACCAAAUGCCAUAUAGCAUGCCAAACCCAGUGUACAAAGAGCAGUAAAGAGUAGUUUUCUUUAUUCGGAAGACUGUUUUGUGAUGCUAGGGUACCUGAAUUUUGCUAUAGACUUAGUUCCAUAAGCCAGGUCACUUAGCAUCUUGCACCCAUGAGUAAGGGAUUCUGCAUGUUUGUACAUCAGUUUGCAACCCUCUAUGUGCCUAGAGAGUUUCCCAAGUUACCUUGGUGCAGGCUGUGAAACUGUAAUCAAUUUUCUAGGAUGCUAUGAAAUAAGAUUUUUUUUUUCUUCUUUGCUUUAAUGGUAGCUUCACAAGUAAGGAUGUGCAAAUUGAUCAGCUAAAAUGAAUAAAAUUGUCAGGAUGAGAAUCAGUUGGAGCACUAUCUUUGAGGUAAAUUUGAUUUGCACUACCUUUCUGUUUUCAGAUAGUUACUGUAUAAUUUUUGAGAAAACUGUUAUAGGUGGGAAACAUGUGAGAUUUUUAUGGCUUAGUCUGUGAAAUUUUUGAAAGGCUUUAAAUCCUGCAGAGGGUAAAGAGAAAGUUGAAAAGAAGGUGAGAGCUGAGGAAGGACUGCAAGAGCUUACAAAGAAGGACUGGUUUUAAAUGGAAAUAGUAUUUAUACAGAGGAAAGUUAGAAUACUAAUUUUACAAGAGUAAAGUUUUAGGAUGUUUUAAUAUUAUGAAUAAGUGUUUUUUUUUUUUUUCAUAAAUCCACACUGGAAAAGUAAUAAUUAAUAGACAUA